AUGCAGCAACAAGGGAGUAGUAGUAGUAGUGGAUCUGGGAUGGAGGUGACAUGGGAGGACCAGCAGAACAUCAAUACCUUCAGCCGUUUGAACAACAGAUUCCAUGACCUCGACGACGAAAUCAAAUCCGCCAAGGAAAAGUGUGAUAAUCUAGAGGAUGCAGGGAACGAGCUGAUCCUUGCUGAUGAGGAAAUGAUCCGGUUUCAAAUCGGAGAAGUGUUUGCUCAUGUGCCGAGGGACGAGGUGGAAACAAGGAUAGAAGAGAUGAAAGAGGCAACUUGCAAAAGCCUCGAAAAGCUCGAGGAAGAGAAGGAAUCGAUAGUGUCACAAAUGGCAGAGCUGAAGAAGGUAUUGUAUGCUAAGUUCAAGGACUCUAUCAAUCUUGAAGAAGAUUAA